AUGCAUUUUAUCAAACUAAAUGUGUGGGUUAGCAUACAGUUAUUGUACAUAUAAAUAUUGUAUUUAGUGAUAGCCAGGUUUGAUUUGUCUUUCAAUCCAAAACCUUUAGAAAUCACACUAAACUUGAGUUAUGGAUGAAUUAUAAUUGUGGUAAUGCCAUUCCAGCUGAUUACUAGGGCAGAUUGGGGUGCACAGGAGGUAGAAUACGACUGCGAGGAACUUCAGAGUCCUGUAGAAGUUGUUCAAAUAGUCUCUGACACAGAAUCUGAUCACUGUUACACCAGAGGAGAAUGCGGAGAAACAGUCCAGGAGAUACAGAAGGUCCACAUACAACAGGACAACCUGCAAGACAUUAACUUCAAUUUUGUGAUCGGUGGGGACGGCAACGUCUAUGAAGGGCGAGGAUGGAAGAGAAAGGUCCAACAACAUCAAAAUUGGCAAACUAAUAUCUGCAAUAACCUUGUCAUAGGCUUCGUCGGAGGCGAUAUAAUAGCUAAUCCACCAUCAAACGUAGUGUUCCAAGCAUUCCAUGAGUUUAUCGUCCAUUUUGCAGAAGAAGGGAAACUCAGUAAAGAAAAACACAUUGAAAUAAAAAUGUAACAAUCCAUUAAUGAUUCUUUAACACUA